AUGGGGGCAAGAAUUGUGAGUACCCUGGUGAUCGGAAACGCCAGCAUGUCAGGAAAAUACUCCUGCGUGGCCAGGAAUGAAGAGGGCCAUAGCUCCGUUUCGUUCCCUUUCUACGUUGAUGAUAACCCUGAGGAAAUUGCCAUUGAACCUCGGGCGGUCGUCGAGGGGGACGACGUCAAUCUGACCUGUCGGGCAACACGUUACCUCUACACAGACCUGCAGUGGUUGGAUUCCAGAAAUGAAACGAUCACUACCAACGUGUCCAGUAUUCAGAUCGGCAACUACUCCAUUUCUCUUUCUCUCCGUCUGCACAAUGUGUCCCAAAUCAGCACUGCAGGCUAUAGGUGCCAAGCACACAAGCUCUACAAGGGGGUUCAACUCAGGGACGCUGCACUGACUGUGGAUGUGAGAAAACGCCCCUGGCUGAGUCAGAAUCUGACUAAUCGGGAUAUGAACAGUAGCAGCACCCUGAAGCUGCCGUGCCUUGCGAUGGGAGUUCCUCGUCCGUACAUCUUGUGGUACAAAAAUGACCUUCUCGUGGAAAAAGGACCAGGAAUCACUCUGGGAGACGAUGGGACUCUGACCAUCGAGAGGGUGACGAAAGAUGACGAGGGUCGCUACGAGUGUGUGGCCACCAAUGACCAGGGGUCUGCCAAUACAAGUGCUGUUGUUACUGUGUUCGGAGAUGAAGGGAAGCCAAACGUUGAGGUAAUCAUUCUGGUGUGUACGGGAGCUGCCGCCACGUUCCUCUGGCUCAUGCUCAUCCUCUUCAUCCGCAAGCUGAGGAAGCAACCACAGUAUAAGAUGGGUCCGUCCAUCAUCAUCGACCCUGACGAGUGUCCCCUGGAGGAGCAGAACGAUCUUCUUCAGUACGACAGCAGCAAAUGGGAGUUUCCCCGCGACCGACUGCGACUAGGCAAAACUCUUGGCCACGGAGCAUUUGGAAAAGUUGUGGAAGCUUCUGCCUUUGGGAUCGACAAGCUCUCCACCUGCAAGACUGUGGCUGUCAAAAUGUUGAAAGGAGGCGCUACGUCAAAUGAGCGGAAGGCUCUGAUGUCAGAGUUAAAGAUCCUGAUCCACAUCGGCCAUCACCUGAACGUGGUCAACCUGCUGGGAGCCUGCACCAAGCCCGGAGGCCCGCUGAUGAUGAUAGUGGAGUUCUGCAAAUAUGGCAACUUGUCCAACUAUUUGAGAGGCAAGAGAGAGGACUUCCUCGUCUACAAGAGGCAGGACGGUAAGGUGGUCCCGUCAGGUUCAGGCUGCGAGCUGAGCGAGAUGAUGAAGCGCCGCCUGGAGAGCGUGGCCAGCACCGGAAGCUCGGCCAGCUCUGGCUUCAUCGAAGAUAAGAGCUACUGCGACUCGGAGGAAGAGGAAGAAGAAUCUGAGGAUUUGUAUAAGAGAGUCCUGACGUUGGAAGAUUUAAUUUGCUACAGUUUCCAAGUUGCAAAAGGCAUGGAGUUCUUGGCUUCACGAAAGUGCAUCCAUCGUGAUCUGGCUGCUCGAAACAUCCUGCUUUCUGAGAAUAAUGUUGUAAAGAUUUGUGAUUUUGGACUUGCCAGAGACAUCUACAAAGACCCGGAUUAUGUUCGCAAAGGAGAUGCCAGACUGCCGCUCAAGUGGAUGGCACCUGAGGCCAUUUUUGACAAGAUCUACACGACUCAGAGUGACGUCUGGUCCUUUGGUGUUCUCAUGUGGGAGAUCUUCUCUCUGGGUGCCUCCCCGUACCCCGGCGUCCAAAUAGAUGAAGAAUUUUGCUGCAGGCUGAAAGACGGGACCAGGAUGAGAGCACCCGAAUACUCUUCCUCUGAAAUAUAUCAGACCAUGUUGGACUGCUGGCAGGGAGAGCCACAGGAGAGACCGAACUUCACUGAGCUGGUGGAGCAGCUGGGAGAUCUGCUGCAGGCCAGCGUGCAACAGGAGGGCAAGCACUACAUACCCAUCAACACAGUCCUGCUGGGGAAGCUGGGAGACCCCUCCUCCACAGCGGUGUCAGAGGAGACGACCACACGACCCAUCUCCCUCCGAGACUCGGGGAGCACCUGGAGCAUCAAGGUCCGUCCUGCCAGUGUGAAAACCUUCGACGAGGUCACCAUGGAGGACGGGACAAAUGAAAACCAUGAGGGCGGUCAGACGGACAGCGGGAUGGGCCUGUCGUCAGACAACAUGGAGACUCUGAAGCGCCUCGAAUUGUUGGCAGGCCGACCCCUGAGCAUCAUGGCUCUGGCGAUGAAGGCAGUGAGCAAGAGCAAAGAGUCGGUGCUGUGUGACUCGGAGAAGGAGAAGUUCCCGAGCGGGGUCACCUCUCUGGACUUCGGUCUGGACGACUCUGCCCUGGAUGUGGGUCUGGAGUGUCACAGCCCUCCGCCCGACUACAACUAUGUGGUGCGCUACUCCACCCCGCCUGUGUAGCCUCAUGGUCUGUCCCUGAAGAAUCUGAUGAACAGCCUCGAGGCAUUUGCUUUGUUCUCCUCUGUUUUGACUCUUAUCUCUGGACUGUAGCAAAGUUUGAGAGGAAAACACAUGAGAUUCCCCGGUAAAGUGUUUUGAAAGGUCGUUCUGAAAUGAAACAUGAACCUACUCGACUGUUACUUCCAACGUUCAGGGCGCCUGCUGAGCAACAAAAGGAAACCUGUAGACUGUUGAUUUCAUUCCAGUUUUCAGACACAGGCUGACAUUAAUGCUGCUGGUCCCUUCCACAUUCACUGUGAUAUGUCAAACAGCUGGAAACAGCCUCAGGUAUUUCUUUCAUCUACUGUGAAAACUAGCUACAAUCACUCCCACUUUACUGCAGAUCACAUCAACUACCACCUUUGAUGAUUAGGAACAAAUCCAGAAAAGAAAAGCAGAGAGAAUAGCUGAGGUUUAUGAAGUUUUUUAUAUCUGUUUCCAUUUUAUUCAAAAAUGAAAACUGGAUUUGUAAUUUUUGAUAACGAUUAAAGAGAAAAUAUUUUUAAGAUGUGGAUACAUCUGCUCAUAUGAAGGUUAAAAAAAGUUCAGACUUGCUCAAAGCAAAAUCAGUCUUAACUUGUAUUAUUAAUUGUGAAAAGGAUUGUGUUUUUGGUGUCGUUGCUCCUUAAAUCCAAUUAAAAUCAGCUCAACUAACUCAGGAUGGCCAAUAGUGACUAUUUCAUGUUUAUAAGCUCUUGGUUUUGGGAAAUCACAAGUUAGCAGAGGUAAAGGGAGGAAACAGGGUAGAGCUGAGAGUAAAAGCAGACGGCUUCAGGAUUAGCAUAACAGCUUGACCAUGAAAUCACUUAAAUCAAGAGUUACUGUAAAUGCAGAUUCAUCCUCCUGCCCCUAUCAGGUGCUGAAGAAACUAAAAAAGGUUGUUACUGUUUGGUCGAACUAAAAGAAAGUGAAGAAAAUUAGAUUUGUUUAUUUAGCUUGUGUACAGAUUGAGUUAGAAAAUGCAAUAUUAGAACAAGUGUUGAUGGUAAAAUGUAUUUAUUUAGAUUAUGUACACUGUCACUUAGUUAUUUAGUUCUGUUUCUUUAUUUAGAUUUAUAAUUCAAGAGUCAACCAAAGGAUCUUUUAAGCCCAGUCUUCCUCAUAUCAACAUGUAAUAUCCCAACACUUCACUCCAGAUGUAUAUGUUGUUUGUGCUGCUGUAUUCACUUAAAGUAAAGCUAAGGGAAACAUGUAAGUGUAUUUGAUCCGUCCUUUGUUUUGUGCUACGUGUUAGUAAAGCUUGCAGGGCAGGCUAAACAAACUCUACAUGUAUUUGAAUUGAGCACCAGUUUGCUCGGAUUCACAGCUAUUGUUUGUUAUCAUGUAAAAUCGAGUGUUUUGUUUGUAUUACCCGAUGUGUUGAAAGUACUGUGGACCAAACUUAGCUUACACACCCUGUAGAAAUGUGGCUAGCUUGUGCUUGUUGACCACAAAAUAAACUGUAUUUGCCAGUAAGUAAACUGAAGUAUAAAUUGGAUAUUUUGAACUCCUGUGUACUUCAAAAUUAUAAUUAGUUUGUCUAUAUGGAGAGGAAGUAAUUAUGCACUGAUACUUUAUAUCAAGUAUAAUUUUUGUAUUCUUAAAGUAUAUUAUUAUGAAACAGUAUUGAGGGUCACGUUACAAAGAUUUCCGAUUUAUUUUGUUUUUAUUUAACUCUAAACUCUAGUAGGAAAUUAACAUUUGCAGUAUUUGUUAUAUUAUGUUUGCAUUUAAUGUCAUCCUAAAAUGUCAAGCCUCUUUCUAUUAACUAUCGCAAUAACAUUCAAUAGAUUAUAUUGGAUUUCUUUAUACAUAUCCAUGAGUAAGAAGACCUCCUAGCUUUAUCUGUUUUGUUCAUGUAGUCUCACAAGUUGUUUUUGUGAAAGUAAUGCUUCCCAACACUGUUAUCUGAGCAUAUGAAUAAAUGAAUAAAGAUUAUAUAUUUAU